AUGCCUGACGAGUUCCUUGCCAGCAACCCCCCCCCGCUCUGGAUCACGCUCUACCACAUCGUCACCCGCCUCCCUGACUCUCUGCGCGCAGUCAGGGAUCACUUCCUCGCUCGCUCUCCCACUGAGCUCACCAUUGCCCUCCUCGAGAAGGAAUUGCUUGCAGCUGAGGCGAGCAUCGUCGCUGUAGGCACCUCUCGUGGCGACCCCCGCACCCCGUUCUUUGAGGGGUGUUCCCCUUCCCCUCUCCUCCCCUCUGUCGCCUCUGCUGCUGCUGUCGACCUCCUUGGUGCUGAGAAGGUCGGGACCGCGUCUGCUCCGAGCGGGCGCCGCAGGGGCAAAGGGGGCAAGGGUGGAGGUGGCGGCGGGGGAGGCGGGGGUGGAGGUGGGACUGGAGAGGCUAGUGGCGGCAGUGGGGGUGGUGACAGCAGCGGCGGGAGCGGUGGCAGGGGCGGAGGCGGCAGCGGAGGCGGAGGUGGUCGUGGCGGCGGCAGGGGUGGAGGUGGCCGGGGCGGUGGCGGCGGCGGUGGUGGUCGUGGAGGCGCUGGCGGUGGCCAGAGCCAGCAGCACGCCCCGUCGCUUCAGGAGGCACAUGUGUGGAAAGCCGCACCCCACGCAGCGCUGUUUCUCGCGCCUUACCGACGCAUGGCGCGCCCAGUUUCCUGCUGGCGCUGA